UAUAAGUUAAGCAGGCGUGGAGCUUUUUGACAGAACUCUUCUGUUUCAGUGGAGAGCGAUUCCCUCAGAUGGCAAAUCCUUACAGAUCAAGCCAGGGCCUUAGCGCUAGACCCGUGGCUAAUUCCGAUGAGAUCCAAUUGAGGAUUGAUCCACUUCAUGCUGAUUUAGACGAAGAAAUUUCGGGUCUGCACAAACAAGUUACGCAGCUCAAACACGUUGCUCAAGAGAUAGAAACUGAAGCACGGAUUCAGAAUGACAUUGUCUCUGAUUUGCAAAUGCUAAUGAGCAGAGCUCAGGCAGGAGUAAAAAAUGGCAUGAAGAGGUUGAACAGAACAGUGGCUCAGCAGAGAUCAAAUCAUAUUUUGCAAGUGAUAAUCUUUGGUCUCGCAUGUUUCACCAUAGUCUACUUAUGGUCAAAGCACUUCAAGAGAUGAAAACUGGCUAACUAUUGGCUGUUUACUGCCAAGUAGUGACUCGAGGCUACCUCGUGAUUGUCAAUGCAUACCUAGGUAUUUUGCCACUACCUUGAUGAUUUGCUAAUCGGAGCCUUCAUCGUAGUUGUUACUGUAAUGUUGUUCCCUGACGCGAAGAAUUCUUCUUUAACCUCUUUUUGGGUAUAUGAUCAUUGAAGCUUGUCCACUAGAUUUACUCUCA